AUGACCGGCGAAGUCCCGCCCCUCCAUCCCCAAUGGCUCGAGGUCGCAAAUACAAUAGGAAGUCGCCCUUCAGUGUCGCAUGAAGACGUGGCGGAGAGUCGAACCCACUUCUUCGAGACGUUCGCCGCCCUAGCUACGUUGCGAGUAGAGCCUGACGAAGUGGAAAGCGUCAAAACCAAGGACAUUCAGAUACAAGGAAAGCUUCACGCACGUAUCUUCACCCCUCCGAAAUCAGGUGUAGAGCCUUUCACAAAUCAAAUUCUUCCUGUGGGGCUCUACAUACAUUCCGGAGGUUGGUACACCGGCUCAGUCGAUGCGGAGGACUUCUUGUGCCGACAUAUCGCCUUGCAUUCGCAGAUCAUUCUCAUUUCACCUGAAUAUCGACUAGCCCCGGAAAACCCUUUCCCUGCCGGUCUGGAGGACUGUUUGAAAACAUACGAGUUCAUACACCACCAUGCAGCAAAAUUCGGCGGCAACCCAUGUCAAAAGUUUAUAAUGGGUGGUUCCGCAGGCGGCAACUUAGCAGCAGCCGUGGGACUGAAAUACGCAUCAGACCUUGAGCUUAGGCCUGCAGGCAUAAUUGCUGCCUGUAUGACUUCCUGCGACCCGAGCGCGAUGCCCCCAGUGUACAAGGAGAGAUAUUUUCCGGAAAAAUACCUAGAUACCCCGAUGAUCAAUUCGUCGUCUGUGCAGCUGGCUCGCAGUGAGUUCAUUCCCUCUCUCCUGACAUUUAUCGCCCUGAAAAUGACUCUGACUUGGCAUGGCGCAGAGUGGCUACAGCCUCCGGUUCCUGGCCAUCCACUCUAUUCUCCUUUGUUACAUCCUUAUAUAAAGCUUCUCCCUCAGAUAUAUAUCACAGCGAUGACAAACGAUCCGUCAUACCCCGAGACCGUAUUCUUUUAUGAAGAGUGUAAAAAGCAGGGAGUUGAAGCAGAUUUCGUCGAAUGGUCAGGGUUCCCCCAUUUUUUUUGGAUUGUGCCCGGCUUGGAAAAAUCGCACGAAUUCAUGGAUCUGUGGAAUGAGAAACUCCGGGGUAUGAUCACAAAAUCUGUGGACAAAAAGAAAUAG